UGUGCCUUGUUUGUGUAUAGGGACAGCGAGAAGGGAGUCUGUAGGACAGAGGGAGCCCCUGGCUGAGGGCUUCAGAAGUUAGAAUAAAAAACGAAAUUUCCCAGGCCCACCUCCAGAGCCCUUCCUGCGAAGUCUGCCUGAUGUCUGAUCUCCGUGAAUGGACGGAGGGAGUGUUCCCAGCUUGGAGACCCCAGCUCUGCUGGUGAGGGACAAAGGGCCCCGAUACCAAAGGUGAACGAAUGCUGUGUAUGCAGCCUCCAUCUCCGUCCCACCUCCUAGGCUGUACACUUUCUCACAUCAAGCUCACCAAUCCUCUCUGGCGUCUGUCUCCCUGUGUCUGGCCUCUUAGUUCGGAUGGAGAGGGCAAGGUCCUCUGACUCCUGGCUCUCCAGCUGCCUCAUCACACUCGUCUGCCUCCAGCUGCCCAUGCACGUGUCAGGGGACCUCAGCAAGUUCCACCUUGCCCCGCUAGGGGGCACAGCCGAGCUGCUCUGCCCUGUAUCCUCGUGGCCGUCCACGACGCUCACGGAGGUGUGGUGGCUGCGGUCCCCGCCCCCCGGACGCUCCCAGGUGGUUCACCUGUUCCAGGAUGGGAAAGACCGAGAGGAAGAUGUAAUGCCGGAAUAUAAGGGGAGGACGGAGAUGGCGAGAGACGACCAAGAGGGAAAUAUCACACUGAAGAUCCAUCACGUCCGGCUGGAGGACAAAGGACUAUACCGAUGUCAGGUCCAGAUUGGAAACCGGAGUCGAGAGGGCACCGUAACCCUACAGGUUGCAGUUCUAGGCUCUGCCCCUUACAUUCACGUGAAGGGCUACAACGCUGGAUGGAUCCAGCUGGUGUGCAGAUCGGUGGGAUGGUUCCCAAAGCCGUGGGCCCAAUGGAGAGACCCUCAAGGCAGGGUGCUUCCGUCCGAGCUGGAGGCCUACUCCCCAGACGACGCUGGCCUCUUCCAAACAGCGCUGUCCAGCAGAGUCAGGGACAGCGCUGUGGGCAACGUGUCCUGUACGGUCCGCAGCACGGCGCUCGGCCAAGAGAAGACCGCAGCCAUGCUCAUAGCAGCCCCACCUCCAGAGAGGGUCUCCUCCACCGUAGUGGCGCUGGCUAUGAUCCUGCCUCUCCUGGGGCUUCUCAUAGUGAUGGGCAUUUGCAUCAUCUGGAAGCAAAGAAAAGCAAAAGAGAAGCUUCUCUAUGAACAGGUGAUGGAGGUAGAAAAUCUUCUCUCAGACCAUGCAAAAGAAAAAGGAAGGCUCCAUAAAGCCCUCAAGAAACUCCGGAGUGAACUGAAGUUGAAAAGAGCUGCAGCCAACUCAGGCUGGAGAAGGGCCCGGUUGCACUUUGUGGCGGUGACCCUGGACCCUGACACAGCGCAUCCCAAACUCCUCCUGUCUGAGGACGGCAGGAGUGUGACGCUUGGAGACAGAAGACAGCCUGUGCCUGACAAUCCCCAGAGAUUUGAUUUCGUCGUCAGCGUCCUGGGCGCCGAGUACUUCAUGGAUGGUUGUCACUACUGGGAGGUGUACGUGGGAAACAAGACCAAAUGGAUUCUGGGGGUGUGUAGUGAGUCAGUGAGCAGGAAGGGGAAGGUCACCGCCUCUCCCGCCAACGGACACUGGCUUGUGCGACUGAGUCGUGGGAAUGAGUACGAAGCUCUCACGUCCCCGCAGACUUCCUUCCGCCUGAAAGAGCCUCCGCGCUGUGUGGGGAUUUUCCUGGAUUACGAAGCAGGCGUCAUCUCUUUCUACAAUGUGACCAAUCAGUCUCACAUCUUUACUUUCACCCACACGUUCUCUGGCCCCCUUCGCCCUUUCUUUGAACCUUGCCUUCAUGAUGGAGGGAAAAAUACAGCACCUUUAGUCAUCUGUUCAGAACUCCAGAAACCGGAGGAACCAACUGUCCCCAAGCCAGAAGAAAAAAGCCAUGCUAAUGGAGAUAUGGCCCUGAAGGUGGACUCUUCCUUACUGCCCCCUCCGGCACCGGAGCUUCCCCCGCUCAAAGACAUGAUCCAGUCCUGGCCUUCUGAUAUGGGCCCAGCCCUCCAGGGGCUCGAGUUUCCUCCUUUUUAGGGAGGUGCCUUAUUACUUGCUCCCCUGACCAUCUAGUCCAUUGUUCUGGAUUUCAGUGUCCUGGGCCGACGUCAGAUUCUGGAACAUCUCAUCUCUUUCCCCUAAAUCCAUUACCCUUUUGUGGUUUCUAUUCGUAUCACCUUUCCCCAGGGCUCAGUUCUAAAUAAAUCCUAUCUCCUUCUGGGGAUUUGAAGUUCCCAUUGCCCUGGAAGAAUUUUUGAAAACCAAAUGAACAACCAGAUUGGGUUUAGGUGGUGAUGUUGAAUGUGGGUCACUGAGCUCCAAGGGUUCUCCAAUCAAGGGGCUAUUUAGAAGGACUUCAUCCUGCACCUGGGCUUUUAGUUGCAAAGUUACAGGGCCCGGUGCCUAACCCCUUGCUUAUCUCUUCAAGAAUUGCUUUUCUCCUUUUCUUAGUUCAGGCCUCUAGCCCCCUAAGCCAGUGUUUUAAAAGUAAACAUGUUUUGGAUCACACACUCUUCUUUCUUCCUUCUGGAAUAUAGGGUGGGGUGGGCCAGAGGGGUAAAACAUGCCAUCCUUUUAUAUUUCCUUGAUGCUGUUUACAACAUAGCUUGGUGACACCCAGAGCUAACGCACAUGUUUUCAAAGCUAAUUUACCUGUUGAUAACCAGGUACAGGGACAUUAAAUGUGGAAGCUGUGAUCCUGAAAAGCCUCAGGAGCAGAAUCAGGGACCUAGGAAGCACAGCUUGAAACACAGCAGCCCAGCUGUGUGUGGCCUUGAAAAGACAGCCAUGGAUGAGUUAGUCUAUUGCGCUGGCCCUUUUGAAUACUCGCCUGGGAUUCUGAGAGGCCCAGAUAAAAAAGUAGCAGUUUUAACCACCAGUGUGGAUUGUUUUUUUCCACAAGGCAUUGUACUGGAAGACUUGACUUCUUGUGUAGCAAACAGACUCUUAGAUCAGACAGUAUUGCUUUUAAAUAGGAAGUUGAUAGAUCAGGUGUGAAGAUAAAAUAAUGAAUCUGAUUUUUUGGUGUGGAUUGCAGAAAGAAGCCUAGUCACUUUCAAGUCACAUCACAUAUGUGAUCUGGCCUCUUUUUGGAGAUAUUGACUAUCAGUUUGCAGAUGGUUACUCGGUUCUACCCAACAGAAACUGGAUCUUUCUCUCUCUCACAAGUUUUCUCUGUCACUGUAUUAGUCCGGGUUCUCCAGAGAAACAGAAUCUAUAUCUAUAUCUAUAUCUAUAUCUAUACCCAUCUCU